GGGAUGCGGCGGCGGGAGCAGCCGCCCUGACUCUCAGAGCAUCCUCCUCAGAGCGGCACCGCGGCGGGGCGGGCGGGGACGCGGCGGGGACCAGGAGGCGCGAGGCGGCCGAUACCGCUGGUCCCGGAUCUGUUACCUGCCGUAGACCCAGCGGUCUCGAGGCUCGGAUCCCCACCCUUCAGCUCCUGGCGCCCCCAGAACCAGGCGUCCCUCCCCCACCUUCCAUCCGAGCCCGCUGCGGGGGAGGGGCUCCACCGCCCCCGUCGCCGGCGUUGCCUUCCGGGAACGUGGACACGUGAGCCCCAGCGGCUGGGUCCAUGGCAUUGUGAAUCGACGAGGGAGCCCCGCUCCGCGCGAGGGGCGCCCGGCCCCCUCCCCGCCCCAUGCGCCCGCGGCUCUGAAGCCUGAGCGGGGCCGGGGGCCGGGCGGCGUCGGGGCCGCCGGAGGCAUGGCUCUCGGGAGUCGGUGGCGACCGCCACCCCAGUUGCCGCCGCUGCUGUUGUUGCUGGCGCUGGUGGCAGGCGUCCGUGGCUUGGAGUUUGGCGGCGGCCCCGGGCAGUGGGCUCGCUACGCGCGCUGGGCAGGCGCGGCGAGCACCGGCGAGCUCAGCUUCAGCCUGCGCACCAACGCCACGCGCGCGCUGCUGCUCUACCUGGACGACGGCGGCGACUGCGACUUUCUGGAGCUGCUGCUGGUGGACGGGCGCUUGCGGCUGCGCUUCACGCUGUCUUGCGCCGAGCCCGCCACGCUGCAGUUGGACACGCCGGUGGCCGACGACCGCUGGCACAUGGUGCUGCUGACCCGCGACGCGCGGCGCACGGCGCUGGCGGUGGACGGCGAAGCCCGUGCCGCCGAGGUGCGCUCAAAGCGGCGCGAGAUGCAGGUGGCCAGCGACCUGUUCGUGGGCGGCAUCCCACCCGACGUGCGCCUGUCUGCGCUCACGCUCAGCACCGUCAAGUACGAGCCGCCUUUCCGCGGCCUCCUGGCCAACCUGAAGCUGGGCGAGCGGCCGCCGGCGCUGCUGGGUAGCCAGGGUCUGCGCGGUGCGGCCGCCGACCCCCUGUGCGCGCCCGCACGCAAUCCCUGCGCCAACGGCGGCCUCUGCACCGUGCUAGCCCCCGGCGAGGUGGGCUGCGACUGCAGCCACACUGGCUUCGGCGGCAAGUUCUGCAGUGAAGAGGAACACCCCAUGGAAGGUCCGGCUCACCUGACGUUAAACAGCGAAGUAGGGUCCUUACUGUUCUCCGAGGGGGGGGCCGGGAGAGGAGGAGCCGGCGAUGUGCACCAGCCAACAAAAGGCAAGGAGGAAUUUGUGGCAACCUUCAAGGGCAAUGAGUUCUUCUGCUACGACCUGUCACACAACCCGAUCCAGAGCAGCACUGAUGAGAUCACACUGGCCUUCCGCACCCUGCAGCGCAACGGGCUGAUGCUGCACACGGGGAAGUCGGCUGACUACGUCAACCUGUCCCUCAAGUCCGGGGCUGUCUGGCUGGUCAUCAACCUAGGCUCAGGUGCCUUCGAGGCCCUCGUGGAACCCGUCAAUGGCAAGUUCAACGACAACGCCUGGCACGACGUCCGGGUUACCCGAAACCUGCGCCAGCACGCAGGGAUUGGACACGCUAUGGUGACCAUCUCGGUGGACGGGAUCCUGACCACCACAGGCUACACGCAGGAGGAUUACACCAUGCUGGGCUCUGAUGACUUCUUCUACAUUGGGGGCAGCCCCAACACGGCCGACCUGCCUGGCUCCCCUGUCAGCAACAACUUCAUGGGCUGUCUCAAGGACGUGGUCUACAAGAAUAAUGACUUCAAGCUGGAGCUAUCCCGACUGGCUAAGGAAGGGGACCCAAAGAUGAAGCUGCAGGGGGAUUUGUCUUUCCGUUGUGAGGACGUGGCUGCCUUGGACCCUGUGACCUUCGAGAGUCCUGAGGCCUUUGUCGCACUGCCCCGCUGGAGCGCCAAGCGCACUGGUUCUAUCUCCCUGGACUUCAGAACCACGGAGCCCAAUGGGUUGCUGCUCUUCAGUCAGGGCCGGCGGGCUGGGGCCGGGGUAGGCAGCCACAGUUCCAGCCAGAGGGCCGACUACUUUGCCAUGGAGCUGUUGGAUGGCUACCUCUAUCUUCUGCUGGACAUGGGCUCUGGGGGCAUCAAGCUGCGGGCGUCCAGCCGCAAGGUCAACGACGGCGAAUGGUGCCACGUGGACUUCCAGAGGGAUGGGCGCAAAGGCUCCAUCUCUGUGAACAGCCGCAGCACACCAUUCUUGGCCACAGGAGAGAGUGAGGUCCUGGACCUGGAGAGUGAGCUGUACCUGGGCGGUCUCCCUGAGGGGGGCCGAGUGGACCUGCCAUUGCCUCCUGAGGUGUGGACAGCUGCUCUCCGGGCUGGCUAUGUGGGCUGCGUGCGAGACCUCUUCAUAGAUGGACGGAGUCGAGAUCUCCGGGGCCUGGCUGAGGCACAGGGAGCUGUGGGCGUUGCGCCUUUCUGCUCUCGGGAGACUCUGAAGCAGUGUGCAUCGGCCCCCUGUCGUAAUGGGGGCAUCUGUCGAGAGGGCUGGAACCGGUUCGUCUGUGAUUGCAUCGGGACCGGCUUUCUGGGUCGGGUCUGCGAGAGAGAGGCCACAGUCUUAAGCUAUGAUGGCUCCAUGUACAUGAAGAUCAUGCUGCCCAAUGCCAUGCACACGGAAGCCGAGGAUGUGUCCCUGCGAUUCAUGUCCCAGAGGGCUUAUGGACUCAUGAUGGCCACCACCUCUAGGGAGUCGGCCGACACUCUGCGUCUCGAGCUGGACGGGGGGCAGAUGAAGCUCACAGUCAACCUCGACUGCCUGCGCGUCGGCUGCGCACCCAGUGCUGCAGGUAAAGGCCCCGAGACCCUCUUUGCGGGGCACAAGCUCAACGACAAUGAGUGGCACACGGUGAGGGUGGUACGGCGUGGCAAGAGCCUGCAGCUGUCUGUGGACAACGUGACUGUGGAGGGACAGAUGGCAGGAGCCCACACGCGGCUGGAGUUCCACAACAUCGAGACAGGCAUCAUGACAGAGCGGCGGUUUAUCUCUGUGGUGCCCUCCAACUUCAUCGGCCACCUGAGCGGGCUGGUGUUCAAUGGUCAACCCUACAUGGACCAGUGCAAAGAUGGAGACAUCACCUACUGUGAGCUUAAUGCCCGCUUUGGGCUGCGCGCCAUCGUGGCUGAUCCUGUUACCUUCAAGAGUCGCAGUAGCUACCUGGCGUUGGCCACGCUCCAAGCCUAUGCCUCCAUGCACCUCUUCUUCCAGUUCAAGACCACAGCCCCUGAUGGACUUCUGCUGUUCAACUCAGGCAACGGCAAUGACUUCAUUGUCAUCGAGCUGGUCAAGGGGUACAUCCACUACGUGUUUGACCUGGGAAAUGGCCCGUCCUUGAUGAAGGGAAACUCAGACAAACCAGUUAAUGACAACCAGUGGCACAACGUGGUGGUGUCCAGGGACCCAGGCAACGUGCACACGCUGAAGAUUGACUCCCGCACGGUCACGCAGCAUUCCAACGGUGCCCGAAAUCUGGAUCUCAAAGGGGAGUUGUACAUCGGUGGCCUGAGCAAGAGCAUGUUCAGCAACCUGCCGAAGCUGGUGGCCUCGCGGGAUGGCUUUCAGGGCUGCCUGGCUUCUGUGGACCUCAACGGGCGCCUCCCAGACCUCAUCGCGGACGCCCUGCACCGAAUCGGGCAGGUGGAGAGGGGCUGUGAUGGCCCCAGUACCACCUGCACCGAAGAGUCCUGUGCCAACCAGGGCGUCUGCCUGCAGCAGUGGGACGGCUUUACCUGUGACUGCACCAUGACUUCCUAUGGAGGCCCUGUCUGCAAUGACCCUGGGACCACAUACAUCUUUGGGAAGGGGGGAGCGCUCAUCACCUAUACAUGGCCUCCCAAUGACCGACCCAGCACAAGGAUGGACCGCCUGGCCGUAGGCUUCAGCACCCACCAGCGGAGCGCUGUGCUGGUACGCGUGGACAGUGCCUCCGGCCUCGGGGACUACCUGCAGCUGCACAUUGACCAGGGCACUGUUGGGGUGAUUUUUAAUGUGGGCACGGAUGACAUUACAAUUGAUGAGCCCAACGCCAUCGUGAGCGACGGCAAAUAUCACGUGGUGCGCUUCACUCGAAGUGGCGGCAAUGCCACCUUGCAGGUGGACAGCUGGCCAGUCAACGAGCGGUACCCGGCAGGGAACUUUGAUAACGAGCGCCUGGCGAUUGCUAGACAGAGAAUCCCCUACCGGCUUGGUCGAGUAGUAGAUGAAUGGCUGCUCGACAAAGGACGCCAGCUGACCAUCUUCAACAGCCAGGCUGCCAUCAAGAUAGGGGGCCGGGAUCAGGGCCGCCCCUUCCAGGGCCAGGUGUCCGGCCUCUACUACAAUGGGCUCAAGGUACUGGCGCUGGCCGCCGAGAGCGACCCCAAUGUGCGAACCGAAGGCCACCUGCGCCUAGUAGGGGAAGGGCCGUCCGUGCUGCUCAGUGCAGAGACCACUGCCACCACUCUGCUGGCCGACAUGGCCACCACCAUCAUGGAGACCACCACCACCAUGGCCACCACCACUACUCGCCGGGGCCGCUCCCCCACAAUGAGGGACAGCACCACCCAGAACACAGAUGACCUCCUGGUGGCCUCGGCUGAGUGUCCAAGUGAUGAUGAGGACCUGGAGGAGUGUGAGCCUAGUACUGGAGGAGAGUUAAUAUUGCCCAUUAUCACGGAGGACUCCUUAGACCCCCCUCCCGUGGCCACCCGGUCCCCCUUCGUGCCCCCGCCCCCCACCUUCUACCCCUUUCUUACGGGCGUGGGUGCCACCCAAGACACCCUGCCUCCGCCGGCCGCGCGCCGCCCGUCCUCGGGGGGCCCGUGUCAGGCCGAGCGCGACGACAGCGACUGCGAGGAGCCCGUGGAAGCCUCGGGCUUCGCCUCCGGGGAGGUCUUUGACUCCAGCCUCCCCCCCACGGACGACGAGGACUUUUACACCACCUUCCCCUUGGUCACGGACCGCACCACCCUCCUGUCACCCCGCAAGCCCGCGCCCCGACCUAACCUCAGGACAGAUGGGGCCACGGGCGCCCCCGGGGUGCUACUUGCGCCCUCCGCCCCAGCCCCCAACCUGCCCGCGGGCAAAAUGAACCACCGAGACCCACUGCAGCCGCUGCUGGAGAACCCACCCCUGGGGCCUGGGGUCCCCACGGCCUUCGAGCCGCGGCGGCCGCCUCCCCUGCGCCCCGGCGUGACCUCAGUCCCCGGUUUUCCCCGUCUGCCCACAGCCAACCCCACGGGUCCGGGGGAGCGCGGCCCGCCGGGCGCGGUGGAAGUGAUCCGCGAAUCCAGCAGCACCACGGGCAUGGUGGUGGGCAUCGUGGCGGCGGCGGCGCUCUGCAUCCUUAUCCUCCUCUACGCCAUGUACAAGUACCGCAACCGCGACGAGGGCUCCUACCAAGUGGACCAGAGCCGGAAUUACAUCAGUAACUCGGCCCAGAGCAAUGGGGCGGUGGUGAAGGAGAAGGCCCCCGCUGCCCCCAAGACGCCCAGCAAGGCCAAGAAGAACAAAGACAAAGAGUAUUACGUCUGAGCACCCAGUCCAGGCACCGCGCCCCACUGCCAGCUGCUCCUCCCGGGAAGGCCCGGGAGGAGGGUGCGGCCCUCUCCCUGCAGGGGGAUCUGGGGACCCUCUCCCCGGCUGCCUCAGGCUUCUCCCACGAAGAGGAAACGCAAAAAGAAAAGAAAAGGAAUAUAACUACUACGUGCUCAUCCCCUUCCCUCCCACUGCCCUCGGCGCCGCACUGUCAGCCCUGGGGCUGGCUGUCCUCCGCUCUGCGCCUGUCAGGCAGGGCACGUGCUCACAGCCCUGGGUUGAUUUAUUUUUUUAAGGGGCGUAGUUUUAUUUUGGUGGGGCUGGGCGGGAAGGAAGGCUGGGGUUUUGUAAAGUGUCCACUGCGCCGUUCGUUUAUUUCCCUCGAUUUUCUUCUUCCUCCCGGCUCCUCCCGCCUUCCUUCUUCGCAGCCCUCCUGUCCUGGUUCAGGCUUGCUGUGUCUUUUGUCCCUACCCUCCUCCACCCCAUCCCCCCUUUCUUUCCUUUUCUUUUCUCUUCUUUUCCUUUCUUUCUUUUUUAAAUUCUGUUUUCUCUGCUUCCCUUCCUUUGGGUUUCCAGAGUCGCUGGGAGAAGAAGGGUGGGCUUGGGUGGCUGGGGCCGGGCAGUGGGGCUCAUUCCCCUGGUGCCGCAAGUCCCCUCAUGAGGAGAAACUCCUGCCUGGGUCUGCCCAAGGAUUGGGCUUGGACCUGGCCAAGGCCUGUUGUGUGUGUCGCUGCCGGGCAACGUGCAUUGCUGGGAAGCCGCUGGAGGAGCGGGGUGGGGGGCGGGGGGAGGGGAAAGGCAAAUGCAGAUAUAUAUUAAAAACAAAUAACCGAGGUACCAGAGCUGCGUCUGUGGCACCAGCUCGCUGCAGGCGCAGAGGAUGGUGGGAGUGAGGCUGUGUCUGCGGAUGGCUGGGGUCACUUCUCCGCCCAUGGGCUCCCUGCUCCCCCAGUUUUUUUUCUCUUUGUUAACAAAUGUGUCUGAGUCUUGGAAAACACCCCAAACCCGGAAAUGUGUGGGAAAAAGAAAACAAAAACUUUCCAAAUUCCAACA